AUGUUAUCCCCGGAUUGUGACAUAAAAGAUAAUGACAGUAGACAGGAUUCUCCAGGAGAUAAUCCUAUUACCCCAAUCAUACAUCCAGCUUUAUCAGCUGCUCCCUCUGAUCCUGGGAAAUGUUCUCCUCAUCACUCUGAUAUUGAUCUUGUUAGACAUCACAGAAGUCACACAGGUGAGAAGCUGGUUUCUUGCUAUGAGUGUGGGAAAUGUUGUGCAAGUAAAUCACACCUUGUAAUACAUAAGAGAGUACACACAGGUGAGAAGCCAUUUCCAUGUUCUGAGUGUGGGAAAUGUUUUGCACACAAAUCAGAUAUUGUUAGAAGUCACACAGGGGAGAAGCCAUUUUCUUGCUCUGAGUGCAAGAAAAGUUUUACCCGGAAUUCUCAACUUGUUAGACAUCAGAGAAGUCACACAGGUGAGAAGCCAUUUCCAUGUUCUGAGUGUGGGAAAUGUUUUAGACAUCACACAGGUGAGAAGCCAUUUUCUUGCCCUGAGUGCAAGAAAUGUUUUACACGGAAUUCUCAACUUGUUAGACAUCAGAGAAGUCACACAGGUGAGAAGCCAUUUUCUUGCCCUGAGUGCAAGAAAAGUUUUACCCGGAAUUCUCAACUUGUUAGACAUCAGAGAAGUCACACAGGUGAGAAGGCAUUUCCAUGUUCUGAGUGUGGGAAAUGUUUUGCGCGGAAAACAGAUCUUGUUAUACAUCACAGAAGUCACACAGGUGAGAAGCCAUUUUCUUGCCCUGAGUGCAAGAAAUGUUUUACACAGAAUUCUCAACUAGUUACACAUCAGAGAAGUCACACAGGUGAGAAGCCAUUUCCAUGUUCUGAGUGUUUUUGGAGAUAUGAGAGCAGACUUUACAUUCUCCGCAGGGAUAGGUCCCUGUGA